AUGGAUGACUGUAGGGACAUUGAUUGUAUUAUGGAUGACUGUAGGGACAUUGACUGUAUAAUGGAUGACUGUAGGGACAUUGACUGUAUUAUGGAUGACUGUAGGGACAUUCACUGUAUUAUGGAUGACUGUAGGGACAUUGACUGUAUUAUGGAUGACUGUAGGGACAUUGACUGUAUUAUGGAUGACUGUAGGGACAUUCACUGUAUUAUGGAUGACUGUAGGGACAUUGACUGUAUUAUGGAUGACUGUAGGGACAUUGACUGUAUUAUGGAUGACUGUAGGGACAUUCACUGUAUUAUGGAUGACUGUAGGGACAUUGACUGUAUUAUGGAUGACUGUAGGGACAUUUGA